AUUUCACAAGUUUACUUUUAAGUUGAUUUUAAACGACAGACUAAAAGGUAAAUGUAGCGAUGUAACGAAUUUAGCCGAUAGAUUUACACGCGCAUGAACGGGAAGUUACGUAUCAUCAUGUAUGUAAACACCAAGAUACCACAAUAAUACUCAGAUCGACAACCUUGAGGUAGACAGUAACGAACUCUCGGGCAUGUAAGUAACAAGAAUUCAUCUAUCUCCGCAAUUCGUGCGAUAGUGCAACGUGAUUGAAGUGAUUUUACAUAUAAUAUACGGAGUGAUCCGAACAUAAGUAUUUCAUGACGAGACGCAGGCUAAACAAUCGAAAGCAAAAGAAAGCAAAAUUUCACAAAUCAAAGGAACCCGUUCAAAAAAAUGUCCAAUCGAGAUCUCCAAAUUCAAGAAAUGACAACAAAGGGAAGAGCGACGCGUCGCGUCCGCAUCAGCGUUCUCCGGAAUCCGUGCUGUUCGAGUCGCAGCCGCUCGGCGACGGCAAGCUCAGCCCGGAGAUCCUUUCUAAACGAUCCGGAAGGAGGUCGAAGGAUUCCAAGAACAAUUCGAAAAUCGACAACGGGACCGCCGCGCGAAUGCUCGAACAAUCCAGCCCAAUCUCGUCGUCCAGGAGAAGUUGCGAAGCGGAUCUCCCGAUGUGCGAUUUUAAGGGCAGCGCAAAGUGCGCAAAUGAUUUUUCGAAUCUAGAAGACUCUGGAGAACGUCAGAGGAAUCGUGCAAAUCAUGUCAAGACGAUCGUCGGCGAUCCGUUCAAGGAGAGCUGCUCCUCGUUCAAUUUGCCGUCCUUGAGCAACGAGCCAAACAACGCGACGAACGGAACGGCCGACGACGUGACGCGCAACGGAAGAUCCUCGCUGAACAUCAUCCCCGAGAGGACGGCGAUGUCCCGAUCCAAUUUAAAAUCCCAAUCAUGCGAAUUUGACGAGAGACGAUCUCCCAGCUCGUGUCAGCAGGAAGACCAUUACAUACUUGAAACGAUGAACGAUUGUUACCUAGACAAGACGCUCUCGAUGAACGAGAAUUUUAUGCACGAGAUAGACGGUUACUUGGACAAACAAUCGUUGGCAAAAGAUCGCGAAUCGAAGCUCUCGUGUUUCACGAUCUUACGGGAGACCGACAAGCGAAACGAACUCGCUGACGAAUUAUCGCAAGAUAAUUCAGACAAAAAGAAGAAAAAAAGGAGCGACGGCAAAAGAUUCGACGUCACCCUCGAGAAGAUCGGCGAGCGUUUGACGGAGAAUUGGCGCGAGUUCCGGAAGAUCUUCGUGCACCUGCGGCGAGCGAACAGAAAGACCCGCGAACCCGAGGAUGCUAUCGCGAUCGAACGCAGCGAAUCCUUGCUGCACAAAUACAGGAGACUCCCUUACGCCAUCUCCGUCUCGACGCUAUCUCUGCCCACAUCCGCGUUAAGCGCCCAGUCCUUACCCUCGCCGCGAAGGGUGAUGGAUCAUGAUGAGAAGCGAGAGGCCGAGAGUACCGAGAUCCCAUCCACGGAGUCCACGACGCCUCGCGUCGGCCUGGUAAAACGUUGCCGUCGAACGACCUUGAUGUUCGAAGACGAGGGCGAAGGGGAUGAAACGAUUAUAUAUCGGCAACCGGCGACUCGCUCGGAUAUCACGGAUCCACUUCCGGAGGGAAAGAAGGAGGACCAGCGACGCUCGUUUCCGCCGGAAUCAUCGUCGUCGUUUUGCGAUGAACCGCGUCAGGAGAGCCGCGUCCCGGAAUCAAAGAUCGAGCUAUCCGACGGUCGCUGCGACCCUCCGCAAAAAAUAGAAUAUCAUUGGGACAGCACUCGUAAGCACCAGACGCCCCAAAAUGUUGCAACGCUACGGAAAUCUCACAACCACGUAUUUCGACGAAGAAACAAUUCCCGUACGAUAAUCACGUGGGUGAUCGCUAUCUGCAUUUGGCUAAUAAAGAAAUUGCUGCAUCUCGUAAAUGUCAGUUGCAAGACUCUACGACAGAAAUUGAUCCCACCUUCGUCGAGUUCUUGGACGAAGAAAUUUGAUCGUCUAGUGGAGACAAUGCAUUCCGAAAACGAAAUGUUAUAUGUAAUGUCGGAGAAAAUGACGCGACUUUCGGAAGAUUUUGUCCAAGUACGAACGAACACCGAAGUCGCUCUUAAUGCCCUGAGAGUAGAGAUGAAUGACUUUCGUGAAGCUAGUAAAAAAAUGACGGAAGAGAAUCUGGCGUUGCUGCGAGAGCUGAAGAAUUUGGGUGAAACGUUGAAAGAAGUCUGUCAAAUGAAAUCUGUGCAACCGGUCUCCUUACCUUCCUCUUUUCCUUGUUCACCUCCAUUUCCGCCUCCACCUCCACCUCCAUCUCCACCUUCACCAUUCCCUCCGCCUCCUCCUCUACCGCUGUCCUCUUUGGCAUUUCCUCUGGCAUCUGCACCUUCAUCACCACCACCACCACCACCACCACCACCACCACCGCCGCCGCCACCGCCGUUACCGCUGCCUCUUUCAUUUCCUCCAAAAGCAGGUAUCUCGAAAUCAUUAUCGAUGCCACCCCCGUCUCUUGCGUGUCUCUCUUCAGUUUCCUUACGGUCCCCAAUGUCAUCGAAAAUACAACCGACGACUCCCAACAGUAACAGAAACAAGAACAGAACACCCACAAGAAAGUGUUCCACGCCAUUGCUUAACAGGCCUAGCAUCACCGUUGAGGAUCUACUGAAAGUCACUUUGAGAAAGGCUCCCCAAAGUAUCAAAGAAAACAGACGAAAUACUGUACCAGGUCCGAAAGGCCCACUCGUAUCUUUGGAAAUGUUGCGUAACGUAAAACUUAAAUCUGCAAAACGUAGACGUGACGACCAAACUGGAAGAUCGCCCAGAACCGGCAGAGUUCUUAAAAAUCGAACUGCGAAUGUUAAUUUGUCGCCAAUUUUAACCGGAUCGGAGGGAAAUCUAGAAAUGAUUUUGCGACGAGUAGACCUGAACAAACCGAGGAGACUCUUGUCCAGCUCAAGCAGCUUCCGCGAACGCGAUUUCGCAAAGGAGACACAGUUUCAGUUAUUGGAAACGCUAAGCCAAUCGCAAUCCGCACUUGAAUGAGUGUCGCAGUAUUAAUUAUAGAUCAUGACAUCAGAAGCGACGGAUUUAAACAAAUUAUUGAAGAAAACUCGUACUAUAAAAUAAAAUAAUUUACUUGCUUUGCAUAUAACUCAUAUAACUCGUACCAAAUAUAUUGCAUCAAAGUUAUGAUUCAUGAAAUUUUAUAAAGAUAAUUAACUUUUUAAUUUCUAUUAUUAAAUAUGAAGGCGAGAAAAUCAAUUUGUCAGAAUACGUGCACAAGAAAAGAAACUGAUUUUCCCUUCUGAUAUCACAAUCUACAACCAUGAGAGACCGAAAGCUUAAAAUUUAAAUUAUAUUACAUUAUUUCACUUCAAAUUAUAUUACACUGAUUUGAAAUUAUGUAUUAACAGACGUAUGACCUAUUCGUCAUAUAAAAUUAAAAUAUUUUUAUUUAAUAUUAAAUUAAUAUUUAACUCGAGAGCUUAAAGUUUCUUGUUAUGUAACUUUCUCUAUAAUUGGCUGGCCGAAAAUUAAAGAAAAUCAAUUGCUUUUUAAUAAAACUGUGACCAAGGCAUAGAUUCGUAAUUACUUUAUUUGUAGCUUUCAUGUGUGUGGUUUUACAGAAAAAAAGAUUGUAUCCGGUGUAUUCGCAUCAACUGUAACACAGAGCGUUAAGAA